GUUGUUCUUAUGAAGAAUUACAUACCUCUUCUAGUUAUCUUCACUGUAGCACUUGCUGUACCUGCAGUGCAAGUGGAUGUCGUUACAGGACCUGUUAAUUUUUGGUUCUUAGAUUGUUUAAAUAAAGUUUGCUCUGAGCUAGAUGCCACAAAGAACAUGAACGUGGAGGAUGGAGCGUCCGUGCCCAUUGAGUUGGAAGAAAAGCCCACCUACACCCUGUUUGUUCAGUGUCUCCGCUCCGAGGAUAAUUGCUAUGUGUCCUACUCCACUGCCAGCUGGAAUAGCACGGUUUCGGUCGCCCCGAUGGAGUCUUCCACCUUCCCCGCCUCGAAUUCUGCUGCCAUCCUGGAAGCCUCGAUGACUCCGGAGUACUACAACCAAGAAGGCCCGGUGGAGGUCGUUCUGAAGUUCUCCCUCACCGGUUCGUCGUUGCCGGUGCAGCUCUCUCUGACCGCGUCGGAUUUGACCAUCACGAACGGCGCGCUUUCCAGCGAGAUCUCGGAGCCGAACCCUGGCGAGUUCCACUUCCAAGUGACGCCCUCGGCGCGUUCCUCGUUCGCGGUAAUCCUCUCUCCCUCGCUGAUGACCGCGGACGGCUUCUUCGUGGAGCGCGGCGCGCUGCAGGCGGUGCUCUUCGACGACGAGGCGCCCUACCUGCUGACCACGCAGUACACCGACGGCCUCAUCGAGGACCUGGAGACCAAGCAGAUCGUGCUGACGCUGAACGAGCCCGUCUCGGUGCUCUCCUUCUCCGGCGUGGUGCAGUCCGUCGUCGCGAGCUCGGCGCCCAACGCCUUCGAAGUGGUGCUGCGUGGCUCCGGCGACGCGCUGAUCGACUUCGAGGACCUCGCCGGCAAUCGCUUCAGCUUCUCGCACCCGGUCGUCUUCGACCCGCAGUCGGACGUGGUUCUGAUCGAGCAGCCCGCGCUGAACGCGACGCUGCCGCUGAAUGGCCGCGUGGAGUUCGCGUUUAACCACGCGGUGCAGGUGAGCGAGACGGUGCGCGAGGCGCAGCUGGCCACGGAGGAAGCGACGAUCUCGGUGCGACUGGACAACCAGCGAAUGGUCCGCGUGGAGGACAACCGCGUGCUGAUCUUCUUCGACCCCGCGGUGAUGGCGGAGGGCGAGUACGUGCUGACGAUCCCUGCGGGAGCGUUCGAGAGCGACGCGGGGAAGACGUCGGAGGCGAUCGUGGUGCCGGUGUGGGUGACGGGGAAGCAGUGCAAUACGGGCUAUGUGGUCGGAGGAAUGCGGGGAGAGAAGUGCCGUUGCUUUAGCAGCGGAGAUCGCUGCCAGUGCUCGUGUGGAGAAACGUCGUUUUCUAGAAAAUAUUAG